AUAAUCAAAUCAUCAUUGAAUUGGUGUGUUCUACUUCUAUGGACAUUGAAUAUUAUUGAAUUGUGUUCAUUAGUAUCAUUAUCAGUGUUUACAUCAACAAAUUAUUACAGUAUUCAUGAAAAAAGUUUUAUUACAUUUAUAAGUGCAUCUGAACUAAAUAUGUUGAUAUCAUGUAUGUUACUGAAGAAAGGACGUUUUAAUAAGACUGUAGCUACCAAAUUAGAAUCAAAAUCAUUAUCUUAUAAGAUAUAUUUAACAAUAUUUAAUUGUAUAUGUUUUACAAUUGCUGCUGUUUGUUUUUUACGUCACAAUGCUUAUUGUGAAACUGGUGUGUAUACAAUCUUUGCGUUUUUUGAAUAUCUAGUUGUACUGAGCAACAUGGGCUUUCAUAUGACUGCUUCUUUAGAUUUAGCAGGAAUGUCAAUAGUUUUAGAUGACAAUCUUAAUAUUCAUUAUAGAUGAGAGUUGUUUUAUUGUUAACUAUUUGAUAUCUGAGAUACUAAUAUAAAUAUAAGGUUUAAUAACCAUUUGUUGUGAUACUGUUAAUACCAAAAAUAAAAUGAUCUAUCAUCUUUAAUAUUAUGUUUAAGUGUUAAAUUAAAGUUAAUGAAUUGUUUAUGACUAAUAAAGUAAUAUAUUUAGACAGUUUUUGUUAUAUUAAUAUCUUAGAUUUUAAGUAAUAAUUCUUGAUGUUUGUUUAAAAAAGUGACUAUUGUUUUACAAUAAAAUUGUUACACAUAUUAUAUUAA